AUGCACCGGCAUCGUAACUUCCCUCGAUGUAUGACAAAGGAGCGGCCAAGGGAAGCCGAGGACUAUGUGCAUAUUCUGGCAUGUAUCCUCUGCGGCGACCGCUUUGGGAACCCGGAAAUGCCCUGGCGACACUAUUUUCGCGCCCUUUAUCAAGCCUCGGAUUUGGUCGGAGUGUCCGAGAUCGGGCUAUGGAGUUCCCAUGUCCCUCUCAAGGUGCCCGCGGACCAGGAUGCAGAAUGGGACACCAUGGGGGAGGACUACGUCAUCCUGUCCGAUCUCUCAUGCUGGCCAAGAGAUCUGUUCCUCUUCCAUGAACUCUGCUGGCGGAGAUUGGUGAAGCAUAUCGCGACGGAUGACAUAGACUGCAGUGACCUCUACAUCGUGUUGAAGAGACUUCCAUCUCCAUCAAAACCUGGUCCUUCGGGCUAUUUUGGUAGCGACUUCGAGCGGUAUGAGACACCCCCGUUGAGAUACCUCCUUCAGUCUGAACGAGACCGACCCAGAUGCGCUGCCGAACUACAAACCACGCUGACCAGAAACUGCAAUCCGACUGAUGGUUUUAGACGACUUCCUCUCGAGAUAAUAGAGGCUCUUGGGGCACUUCUGUCUACUCGAGAUGUUCUCAACAGUCGCCUUGCAUCGCGAGCAAUGGGCCUGCUCUUUCACAGCCCCACGUUCUGGAAAACCUGGUUUGAGAUCAAUGGGGAGCGAGGGUUCCUAAAUUACCUUAUCAAGCGUGGCCGGAAAAUUGACUGGCGACUGCUGUUCCACAGUACGUGUACGAUGCGAUGCGGUCGUUCGUUUGAGUUGACUAUCCGGGCAUGGGAGAGCAAUCGGUGGGUAAGAGAUGCAUUACUAUGCAAGCCCAGGGUGCCGUUCAUGGACUUUGGUGGCAGAGCUCUGCAGCACUAUCAUAAUACUGCAUGGCCGGGGAUAUAUAGACGUUCCAUCAGCAUCCCGCCGGACUUGAUGAUAAUUGGGGUGUCAGUUUUGCAGGAAAUAGGGGACGAUCUGAUUUGUAUCAAAGGGUUAGAACUCAUCCGAGCAGAUGGGUCAAGCGUACUCCUUGGAUCGAAGAUUGCAGGAGCACAAGUGAUAAGUGAAGAUUUGCCUGAGCUUCUCGAUGCCCCAACCGGUUGGUUUGGAUCGUCCUACUCUUACGCAUACCCGGGAAUUCAGAUGCUCUUAAACGCACGAGGUCUGCAAGGCUUUUUUAUUUCGACCGCCAUAACCGGAGGGGUCGGUCGUUUGCAAUUGAUUCGGCGUGGCGGCUGGUCAGUACCAGUGGGCUAUAACUACGGUGAGGGAUUCACAAGCCAUGCACUCAUGCAAUUAGGCAUCCGGGGCUUUGGGAGCAACCAGAAGACGCGAGAAUGGGACCGGGAUGGGUACUACCCUCCAUACUGGACUUGA